GCACACCAUUGGCCCGUUGGCCACGGCAGAAAGGCGGGCAGCCCCUCUUUCUUCGGCGGGAAGCUCGUUGAACCUCUGCGCACACGCAUACAAACACGCAAUUCGCCAGAGGAGAAAUCAUGCUCUCAGGCGUGCUAAUAUUCAAUCAGAAGGGUGAAAACCUCAUCUUCAGAGCCUUUCGCAAUGACUGUCGCCCCAGGCUCGCCGACGUCUUCCGCAUCCAGGUCAUCUCCAACCCGCAGGUCCGAUCCCCUAUCUUGACGCUGGGCAGCACUACCUUUAGCCAUGUAAAGCACGAGAAUAUUUAUCUGGUCGCCGUGACCAAGAGCAACGCCAAUGCCGCCCUUGUUUUUGAGUUUUUAUACAGAUUUAUUCAGCUGGGCAAGGGUUACUUUGGCAAGUUUGACGAAGAGGCUGUCAAGAACAACUUUGUCCUGGUAUACGAAUUGCUCGAUGAAAUCAUCGACUUUGGAUACCCCCAAAACACAGAGACCGAUACUCUCAAAAUGUACAUUACCACCGAAGGCGUCAAGUCGGAAGCCCGGCCCGAAGAUACCUCCAAAAUCACAAUGCAGGCUACCGGCGCCUUGUCAUGGCGUAAAGCCGAUGUUCGAUAUAGAAAGAACGAAGCCUUUGUCGACGUAAUAGAGGAUGUCAAUCUGCUCAUGUCGGCGACUGGUGCCGUGCUGAGAGCCGACGUCAACGGCCAGAUUGUCAUGCGAGCAUACCUCUCCGGCACACCCGAAUGCAAGUUUGGACUCAACGAUAGAUUAUUGCUCGACGGCGACAGCUUAAAGACAUUACCGAGUGGAAACAAGAUGGGUACAAAGGCGACAAAGGCGGCUGCUGGUAGUGUGUCGCUGGAGGAUUGCCAGUUUCACCAGUGUGUGCGCCUGGGCAAGUUCGACGCCGACAGAAUUAUUAGCUUUGUGCCUCCCGACGGCGAGUUUGAGCUGAUGCGCUACCGAGCGACGGAAAAUGUCAACUUGCCGUUCAAAGUGCACGCCAUUGUUAAUGAGGUUGGACGCUCCAAGGUCGAAUACAGUAUCGGAGUCAAGGCCAACUUUGGAUCUAAGCUCUUCGCCACCAACGUUAUCCUUAAGAUCCCGACGCCUCUCAACACAGCCAAGACAACAGAACGGUGUACACAAGGAAAGGCAAAGUACGAGCCGAGCGAGAACCAUAUCAUCUGGAAGAUCCCGCGCUUUACCGGACAAUCCGAAUAUGUUUUGAGCGCCGAAGCACACCUUACAAGCAUGACGAACCAAAAAGCAUGGAGCAGGCCGCCUGUUAGUAUGAACUUUAGCCUGCUCAUGUUUACGAGUUCAGGCUUGUUGGUACGAUAUCUCAAGGUCUUUGAAAAGAGCAAUUACUCAAGCGUUAAGUGGGUGCGCUAUAUGACGAGGGCAGGCUCAUAUGAGAUCCGAUUUUGAUAGAGAUAGAUGGGAUUUGGUAUAUAUAACGCUUUAUGACGCCACUAUGUACUACAUAACAAAAUGCAAGCGAAUGUCUAAUAUCGGCCAUUUCAUAUGCUGUGCUCUGUAGUGAUAAUGUCCUUGCUCUCUAUUCUAGCAGGGUCGACGGUAAAGUCCUCCAGAUUGACACGAGGACCGGUAAAGGUUUUACGGCCAUCUAUUAUCCAUUGGAAAACAGAAAUGGCAAUGAUGAUGGCGAACGCAACAAUGCAAUAGUCUGUGUACUGUUAGAUGUUUUGUAUAACUGUGGGUUUGGGAUAUACUUACUCAUGUUAUCGCCAGUGACGGGCAGAUUGGGCGGGAAGAUGAACAAAACCGUUGUCAAAGAAAUGUAAGACAGCGAGAUGAUGUCGGCUGUCCAUCCAAACCAUUGGGGGAGGUUCCAGUAACGCUCUGGUAGCAUUUUACGACCUCGCAAGCAGUUGACUGCGAUGGGCAUGGCAUACGAGAGGUCCAAGGUAACCACAGCGGCGGAGAUGAUGGCGUUGAAGACGCUGGUGGAGGCAAUGAAGAGGACUCCGAAGACGAUGACGACACCAGAGGUCAGGAGAAGUGCAUUGAGUGGGAGUCCAAGCUUGGGGUGUACACGAGAAAACACUCGAGAA